AUGGUGGCCUGGUUCAAAAGCGAGUACGCAGGUUCGGUGUGGCCCAGCGCCGUGGGAGGGUUCGAAGGACGGUCGGAAAAAAACUCCGUCGACCGCAAGGUGGAGGCUGGCUGGGGUGCAGAUCGCCCGGUGACGUACCUCAGUGGGGAUACGUCGUCGCGGUACCACUUCGGGAACAUCUUGAAGCCGACCUACACACUUUGCUCCGUCACUCGAUAUACAGGCUCUGAUAAUAUGAACCGAGUCCUGGAAACCAAGGGUCCAAAUUGGUACCAUGGUCAUUGUUGCAGAAAACCAGGCUCCACGUACCACGACGGCUUUCUCACGGAUGAAAACGCCCCUUUGUCCGAAUCGCUUGACUGGCUGGUGAUGUGUUCAACCAACGAUGGCAAGAGAACUUAUAGCAAUGCCAUGGGAAACACCACAGUCAACGUGGCGAAGAAGAACGGCAAGAAGUUCAGCAAAGACAUGCCCUUGAUUGUAAACGACGAGCAGUACGGUUCAAAAUCGGACUACGGAGUCAUGGAGAUCAUCACGUGGGACAGGGCGCUCUCGGAGGAAGAGAUGCAAGCCAGCAUGGAGUACUUGAAGUGGAGGUUGCGAGCAGGAUCUGUCCUUGAAGUUUCGGAGCAUCUCGCCAGACACCCCGAGAGCAACUUUGAUUCCUUCGGAGAUCAAAAUAUGAACGGCAUCGAGGCUCAAACUUUCGAUGUCAGCCUUGCCAACGGCUACUCAGCUCAGCUGUCGGGGUGGACCAACACUCGAUCUUACGGCCGUGGCUUUCUCAGGAACAAGGAUGGCAAGGCGACCGCAGUCGUGAAGGGUUUGACUCCAGCUGCCAUGUAUGUAUACGAAUUGUUCCAGGUAGGCGAGAAUCCCGGCAAUAACUGGGUUGGCCAAUGCAAGAUAUCGGUGAACCAUGGCAGAGAAUCUCGAGGUCAGUCUGGCCCCGUCGUUAUCCCUCGCUUCUCAGGCGUGGCGACAGCAAAUCCCCGAGGCGAGAUCGUCUUCGAGUUCGAGCGCAUCUCGGUGCACGUGUACAUCUCGGGCAUUUCAAUCGCAGCCGUUGGACCGUCCGGAGUCGUGUCCAAGCCCGCGGAUCCCCCACCGCAGGUGCAAGGGAUGCAUGAAGUCAACGAAGUCAUGCCAAGAAAGUUCGUUUUCGAGGUGUUGGGAUUUAAGGGCUGA